ACGCGCAGACAAAAUAAAAGUGCGGCUGGCUUGACCGUGUAUUUUCAAGACGCGGCUGGCUUGACCGCAGUCUGCUCACGGGACACACACAGACACACAGCAGUGCUGGGAAGGGGACACGCGAAUCACCUCUUCAGUUUAUCUAGAGCGGGAUAUUUGCCUUCAAGAGUGGAUUAAAAGGGACAUUUUAGUAAAGAACUGAGGGGGUGUUGUCCAAAAUGGAGGUGAAGACAUCACUUCUCGACAAUAUGAUAGGGGUGGGCGAUAUGGUCCUCAUUGAGCCCCUAUCAGAAGACACCUUCAUUGAGAAUCUAAAGAAGCGAUUCGAUCACAACGAGAUCUAUACAUACAUUGGCAGUGUGGUGAUCUCAAUGAACCCCUACAAGUCCCUGCCCAUCUACACAGCAGAAAAAGUGGAGGAGUAUCGCAACAGGAACUUCUAUGAGCUCAGUCCACACAUAGGGCUGCCAACCGCCUGACCAGUCUGCUUUGUUUGAUCGGCAGACGCACACUUACCCUCUGAAAAACACCAUGGCCUGAUCUAACUCUCAA